GGCGGAGCGAGGGGCGGGGCUCGCGGAGCACAGGCCGCGGCGGCGGCGGAGCAGCAGCCGGGAUCCGCAGACUGUGCGGGCCUGCGCCCCUACCCUGCCCGGCCUCCCGGCGACCCCUCCUGCGCCCCGGGCGCACGCACGCCUGUCUGUCCGGGCCGUGCGGGGCGGCCUGACCGCCCCAGGCCGCGCGGUGGCCCUUGUUGGGCCCGGCGCACGCGGAAGUGGUCAGCACUGAACAGGCUUUGGAAAGUGGAGCAGAAAAUCCAGUCUGAUUUUGGGGGCAUACUGCACAGCUGAAUAAAUGCAGUAUCUAAAUAUAAAAGAAGACUGCAAUGCCAUGGCUUUCUGUGCUAAAAUGAGGAGCUCCAAGAAGACAGAGGUGAAUCCGGAGGCCCCGGAGCCAGGAGUGGAAGUGUUCUUUUAUCUGCCCGAUAAGGAGCCCCUCCGGCUGGGCAACGGAGACUACACGGCGGAGGAGCUGUGCGUGAAGGCCGCACAGAAAUGCAGCAUUUCUCCUCUGUGUCACAACCUCUUUGCUCUCUAUGAUGAUAGCACCAAGCUCUGGUACGCUCCUAACCGAACCAUCACCGUUGACGACAAAACGUGUCUCCGACUGCAUUAUCGGAUGAGGUUCUAUUUCACCAACUGGCACGGGACCAAUGAAAACGAGCAGUCUGUGUGGAGACAUUCUCCAAAGAAGCAGAAGAAUGGCUACGAGAAAAAAAAAGUCCCAGAUGCAACCCCUCUCCUUGAUGCCAGCUCCCUAGAAUACCUGUUUGCUCAGGGGCAGUAUGAUUUGGUCAAAUGUCUGGCUCCCAUUCGAGACCCCAAGACUGAACAGGACGGACAUGACAUCGAGAAUGAGUGCCUGGGAAUGGCGGUCUUGGCCAUCUCCCACUACGCCAUGAUCAAGAAGGUGCAGCUGCCAGAGCUGCCUAAGGACAUCAGCUACAAGCGGUAUAUUCCAGAAACAUUGAAUAAAUCCAUCAGGCAAAGGAAUCUUCUCACCAGGAUGCGGAUCAAUAAUGUCUUCAAAGAUUUCCUCAAAGAGUUCAACAACAAGACCAUAUGCGACAGUAGCGUGUCCACACAUGACCUGAAGGUGAAGUACUUGGCUACCCUGGAAACGCUGACCAAACAUUACGGCGCGGAGAUAUUCGAAACUUCCAUGCUACUGAUCUCAGCGGAGAACGAGAUGAGUCGGCUGUACCCGAGCGACAGCGGAAGCACUCUCUGCUCUGAAGUGAUGGUGACUGGGAAUCUGGGCAUCCAGUGGAGGCAGAAACAAAACGUUGUUCCUGUUGAAAAGGAAAAAAAUAAACUGAAACGGAAAAAACAAGAAGGCAAACACAAGAAGGAUGAGGAGAAAAACAAAGCCCGGGAAGAGUGGAACAAUUUCUCUUACUUCCCUGAAAUCACUCACAUUGUCAUAAAAGAGUCUCUGGUCAGCAUUAAUAAACAGGACCAGAAAAAAAUGGAACUGAAGCUCUCUUCCCACGAAGAGGCCUUAUCCUUUGUGUCCCUGGUGGACGGCUACUUCCGGCUCACAGCAGAUGCCCACCAUUACUUAUGCACCGAUGUGGCUCCCCCUUUGAUCGUCCACAACAUACAGAAUGGCUGUCAUGGUCCAAUUUGCACAGAAUACGCCAUCAAUAAAUUACGGCAAGAAGGAAGCGAAGAGGGACUGUAUGUGCUGAGGUGGAGCUGCACAGACUUCGACAACAUCCUCAUGACCGUCACCUGCUUUGAGAAGCCGGAGGUGCUGGGAGGCCAGAAGCAGUUCAAGAACUUUCAGAUUGAGGUGCAGAAAGGCCACUACAGUCUUCACGGCUCAGAGCGCAGCUUCCCCAGUCUGGGGGACCUGAUGGACCACCUCAAGAAGCAGAUCCUUCGUACGGACAACAUCAGCUUUGUGCUGAAGCGCUGCUGCCAGCCCAAACCCCGAGAAAUCUCCAACCUACUGGUGGCUACAAAGAAAGCCCAGGAGUGGCAGCCCGUCUAUCCUAUGAGCCAGCUAAGUUUCUGCCGGAUACUUAAGAAGGAUAUCAUACAGGGUGAACACCUGGGGAGAGGCACGCGUACGCACAUCUACUCGGGAACCCUGCUGGACUACAAGGAUGACGAAGGGAUGGCCGAAGAGAAGAGAAUCAAAGUGAUCCUCAAAGUCUUAGACCCCAGCCACAGGGACAUUUCUCUGGCCUUCUUCGAGGCAGCCAGCAUGAUGCGGCAGGUCUCCCACAAGCACAUCGUGUACCUCUAUGGAGUCUGUGUCCGGGACGUGGAGAACAUCAUGGUGGAAGAGUUUGUGGAGGGUGGGCCCUUGGAUCUCUUCAUGCACCGGAAAAGCGAUGCCCUUACCACACCAUGGAAAUUCAAAGUCGCCAAACAGCUGGCCAGUGCCCUGAGUUACUUGGAGGAUAAGGACCUGGUCCAUGGAAACGUGUGCACUAAGAACCUUCUCCUGGCCCGAGCGGGCAUCGACAGCGAGUGCGGUCCGUUCAUCAAGCUCAGCGACCCUGGCAUCCCCAUCACUGUACUGUCCCGGCAAGAGUGCCUAGAGCGGAUCCCGUGGAUCGCCCCCGAGUGUGUAGAAGACUCCAAGAACCUGAGCGUGGCCGCUGACAAGUGGAGCUUUGGAACCACCCUCUGGGAAAUCUGCUACAAUGGCGAGAUCCCCCUGAAAGACAAGACGCUGAUUGAGAAAGAGAGGUUCUACGAGAGCCGGUGCAGGCCAGUGACACCAUCUUGUAAAGAGCUGGCUGACCUUAUGACCCGCUGCAUGAACUAUGACCCCAACCAGAGGCCCUUCUUCCGAGCCAUCAUGAGAGACAUCAAUAAGCUGGAAGAGCAGAAUCCAGACAUUGUUUCAGAGAAAAAGCCAGCGACCGAAGUCGACCCCACACAUUUUGAAAAGCGAUUUCUAAAGAGGAUCCGAGACUUGGGCGAGGGCCACUUUGGAAAGGUGGAGCUUUGCAGGUAUGACCCCGAGGGGGACAACACAGGGGAGCAAGUGGCAGUCAAAUCCCUGAAGCCUGAGAGUGGAGGCAACCACAUCGCCGAUCUGAAGAAGGAAAUAGAAAUCCUAAGGAACCUCUACCAUGAGAACAUUGUGAAAUACAAAGGCAUCUGCACAGAGGACGGAGGAAAUGGUAUUAAGCUCAUCAUGGAAUUUCUGCCUUCGGGAAGCCUUAAGGAAUACCUUCCAAAGAAUAAGAAUAAGAUUAACCUCAAACAACAGUUAAAAUAUGCUGUUCAGAUCUGUAAGGGGAUGGAUUACUUGGGUUCUCGGCAGUAUGUUCACCGGGACUUGGCAGCGAGAAAUGUCCUUGUGGAGAGUGAGCACCAAGUGAAAAUCGGGGACUUUGGUCUAACCAAAGCAAUUGAAACCGACAAGGAGUACUACACAGUCAAGGAUGACCGGGACAGCCCUGUGUUUUGGUAUGCUCCGGAAUGUUUAAUCCAGUGUAAAUUUUAUAUUGCUUCUGAUGUCUGGUCUUUCGGAGUGACUCUGCACGAGCUUCUUACUUACUGUGAUUCAGAUUCCAGUCCCAUGGCGCUGUUCCUGAAAAUGAUAGGCCCAACUCAUGGCCAGAUGACAGUAACAAGACUUGUGAAUACACUGAGAGAAGGAAAACGUCUGCCUUGCCCUCCUAACUGUCCUGAUGAGGUUUAUCAGCUCAUGAGAAACUGCUGGGACUUCCAGCCAUCCAGUCGGACAACCUUCCAGAACCUUAUCGAAAGAUUUGAAGCACUUUUAAAAUAAGCACGGAUAACAUUUAAAUUUCACUGUAUAUUAAGUUGUCCCACCCCCAGCAAAACCCAGACCACUUUAAAAAAAUUUUUUUUUUCAGUGGGAAACGUCUGUAUUCUGUGUGAAACACCUGGACACAUAGCCACGUCUAGGUGCACGAUGGUGCCAAGUCAAUGUGAGUACGUCGUCUUUAAAUCUGGCGCCAGUAACAGAGAGGCAGGUGACGGCCGACGUUUCAGAAAGCACUCCUUUUCCUCCUCCAGAGAAUCCAUUACAUUCUGUCCGGCUAGUUUAUCAUGACAGCUGCUUUCCAAAAUGGGAGUUUUUCUUAAAGCUAAAGGAACUGAUACCAGAGUCUCAAGAUGACUGCUAAUUGACCAUGAAAUAUUUUCCUGGUACAUAAAAGAUUGAUGGACUUAGCCAUACUCAACAUGCCCUCACAUUCUAACCUGUAUAGUGAUAAGCCGAGCAUUGUCGAAUUAGUAGAUAACAGUUAGUGUACUAUUGUCGCUCUGUCGAGUUGAGUGUACUCCUGUUCUCCCAGUGGCUUAGCUGCUGUUCUCUUGGGUGACCAGAGGUACCCAUUUUUGGAGCUGUCUCAGAAGGGGCAGCUGGGGAAUACUUAAUGCAUGACAUGAAUUCUUGAAAACCAAGCCUGUGCUUUCCUACACGGUAUGCUUUUAAUCAGAAUCAAGUCUAGAGACAUGGAUGCCAUUUAUACAUACAUGCUUUGAAGAAAUGUCACUAUCUGUCCUUUCAUAACUACUAUUUGGGGGCAAGCUGUUCUACAUUUGUUUUGAAUGCUGUAUGUGACCAGUCGAAAUGCACUGUUCUUAAAAGAGUUUCAGUAUUCACCACCCUCCCAAGAGCAGAUGACUAUUUUAACCAUCACCCUAUGAUGUGAAACUUGAAAGACCCAGCUAGAGGCACUGUGGAAUUCAGGAUCCACUAGACAAGUUGUCUGUCGGCUUGGGAGGUUGCCGGGCAAUCAAAAUGAAUGAUCUGAUUCAAUGUGAACCCUAAGGUUCUUUGUGACCAAGAGUCUAUAAACACCAUUUCAUGGUGGAUGCUGUCUAGCAUAACCUUUGUUUUGAUAUUGUUCCCUUUCAAGCCUUCAGAAGUUCUGUUGAUUCAGUAGCAAAGAUAAACUUGUGUCAAGUUCAGAUUUGUUCAGUAAUCUUAGUCCAGCACCAAUGUCUGUCUGUGUCAAGCCUGUGGCCACCCUGUAUGCACUUUGUACUCUUGAUACAAAUAAAUCGACUGGACCCUU